UACGCGCCUUCCUUUCCUCUCCGGCCGCACAAGGUGCUGGGUCCUUCAGCUGAAGCUAAGGCCGCGUCCGCCCGGCGACUAGCACCAGGCCCCCCCGCCCGCCAUGGCCUCCGUCUCCGAGCUCGCCUGCAUCUACUCCGCGCUCAUCCUACACGACGAUGAGGUCACCGUCACGGAGGACAAGAUCAACGCGCUGAUCAAGGCGGCGGGAGUGACCGUGGAGCCGUUCUGGCCGGGCCUGUUUGCCAAGGCUCUGGCCAACAUCGACAUCGGGAGCCUGAUCUGUAACGUAGGAGCUGGCGGCGGUGCUCCCGCUGCUGCUGCUCCAGCUGGUGGCGCUGCGCCUGCCGGAGGGGCUGCCCCUGCUGAGGAGAAGAAAGAGGAAGAAAAGAAAGAAGAGUCGGAGGAAUCUGAUGAUGACAUGGGCUUCGGUCUGUUUGACUAAACUGACUUUGUACCAUUUGUAAUAAACAACAUUGACUUCUA